CCCUGUUCUCUGAGUAUCGAGUUCACGGCCUCUCCAACAAUGGCUUCCAAAUCCUCAAAGUUUCUCCAGCGCUUCGGUUACGAUCUGCUAUUGGCAUCCAUAGUCGUGUUUUAUGCCUUCAUGGCGCCCUACACUAAAGUUGAAGAGAGCUUUAACGUUCAGGCAAUGCAUGAUAUUUUGUAUCAUCGGCAACAUAUUGACAAUUACGAUCAUUUGGAGUUCCCUGGAGUGGUUCCUCGCACUUUUAUUGGUGCACUUUUUGUAUCACUGCUAGCAUCUCCAUUUGUACUAGUAAUAAACCUGCUUCACUUGCCCAAAAUAUAUGGGCUUUUAGCAGUUCGUGUAGUAUUAGGUUGUGUUGUACUGUCGACAUUACGUUUCUUCCGUAUUCAGAUUCGAAACAAGUUUGGACAUCAAGUAGAAGCUUUUUAUAUAAUAUUCACUGCAAUCCAGUUUCAUAUGCUGUUCUAUGCUAGCCGGCCUCUUCCUAAUAUCUUAGCUCUUUGUGCAGUUAACAUGGUGUAUGGAUAUUGGCUCAAAGGGAACUCCUAUGCAGCAUUAAGUUGCUUGAUAUUUGCUACAAUCAUCUUCAGAUGUGACAUGCUGUUACUUCUUUGCCCUCUUGGCUUAGAGUUUUUGAUGAUCAAAAUGAUAUCAUUUUGGGGGGCACUAAAGCGCUGCGUUGGCAUUGCUUUGUUGUGUAUAGGUCUUACAGUUUUUGUUGAUUCAAUAUUAUGGAAGAAAUUAUUGUGGCCCGAAUUUCAUGUUUUCUGGUUCAACUCUGUUCUAAACCGGAGUUCAGAAUGGGGUACCCAUCCUGUGCACUGGUAUUUCACUUCAGCACUUCCACGAUCAUUACUUGCUGGAUAUCCUCUUUUUCUGCUCGGUGUUUUUCUUGACAAGAGAGUUUUGACCUUCAUUCUCCCAGUGUCGUGCUUCAUUUUACUUUACUCUAAGCUUCCUCACAAGGAGCUACGCUUCAUUAUUAGUUCAGUUCCAAUGUUCAACCUAUCUGCAGCAAUUGCAGCCAACAGAAUAUACAACAAUAAACAGAAGACUUUUUGGAAGUUGCUUUAUCUUAUUAUGCUGGGAUCACUCCUAAUCAGUCUAGGAUGCACUGUCAUCACUUUCUUGGCGUCAUAUGAGAACUAUCCAAGUGGCUAUGCAUUAAAAGAGUUGCAUCGGACUGGCCUUCUAUCCAACUCUGACGAGCAGUGGGUUCAUAUUGAUUCAUUUUCAGCCAUGAAUGGAAUUUCACGCUUUUGUGAAAAUGAUUUUCCAUGGAGGUAUUCCAAGGAAGAAGAUGUUCCAUUGGAAGAACUUCGCCUGAGGAACUUCACCUAUCUUAUUAAUGAAAAUCCAGUUAUUGAUGGAUUCAGUUGCUUAUUUUCUAUAAGCGGGUUUUUGAGGUUGCGCCUUCAAAUGCGAUUUCCACCUAUUUUACUGGUGACAGAACCAAAAGUUUUUGUUCAUGGCAACUCGGAGAACAUGGAUAUCCUGCAUAGAAAUUGGCCAGGAUGCUGAUGUAGAGUAAAGUACCCUUCUCUCUGUUCUCCAUAUAGAAGUUAUUGUUGAUUAAACUUAAUUAAAUUCAGUUCGAACUCUUGGUCCAUUCUAGGCAAAGGUUUUUUUUAAACUGUUGAGCUACAUUAAACUGAAUGGUUCUUAUAUAACACUUCAAACUUUCUUUUCUUGAUACUCUUAAUUAUUAUGUCUUCUGUGAACUAACUUCUGUCACCUUAUGAAUUGCUGCAUACAAAAGCAAGCAUGAGUAUAUGGAUCUCUUCCAUCUAAUUUAUAUACGUACUUCCUUGGAUUACUUUA